ACAGCUGUCGUCCGCUUUUCCUUUCUUAACCUUAUUUUCAGUUAACUGAUUUAUUGUGUAGGGAUGCCGAGCUUCCAUGUUGUUGCUUUGUUUUCUCUCCAGUGAUGGGAAUUAACCGCACACACUGAGUUUUUGGAGUUCCUGUCACUAUACGGUAUGUUUGCGAGUUGCCCUCCGCGUGCUGUUUGACCACAGCUGGAGCGCGAGCGCUGUUCGCGGUGCUGAAAGCCUCACGAGCCGCGAGGAGAGCAGAGGUCUGCAGCCUCUGGAGAGACAUGAGGAUAAAGAAGCUCUGUGUGGCGGGCUUCUUACUCGCCUGGAAACUAGUGCUGUUACUCAGCGUGGGUCAGUGUAAGGAGGUGGACAAUGCUGCGAGGGCACGGCAGGUCCCAAUGUCUCCCUCUGAUUUUCUCGACAAACUGAUGGGCAGGACAUCUGGGUACGAUGCCAGGAUAAGACCAAACUUUAAAGGUCCUCCAGUCAACGUCUCCUGUAACAUUUUCAUCAACAGCUUCGGCUCCAUUGCUGAAACCACCAUGGACUACCGUGUGAAUAUCUUCCUCCGUCAGCAGUGGAAUGACCCCAGGCUCGCCUACGCUGAAUACCCAGAUGACUCUCUGGACUUGGACCCCUCUAUGUUGGACUCCAUAUGGAAACCUGACCUGUUCUUUGCCAAUGAGAAGGGGGCCCACUUUCAUGAAGUCACUACAGAUAACAAGCUGCUCAGGAUAUUUAAGAACGGGAAUGUUUUGUACUCUAUAAGACUAACAUUAACUCUGUCAUGCCCCAUGGAUCUAAAGAACUUCCCCAUGGAUGUUCAGACCUGUAUCAUGCAGCUGGAGAGCUUUGGUUACACCAUGAACGACCUGAUAUUUGAGUGGCAGGAGAACGGACCAGUCCAAGUGGCCGAGGGCCUCACGCUCCCACAGUUCAUCCUCAAAGAUGAAUCAGACCUCAGAUACUGCACAAAGCACUACAACACAGGUAAAUUUACUUGCAUCGAAGUGCGGUUCCACCUGGAGCGUCAGAUGGGCUACUACCUGAUCCAGAUGUACAUCCCCUCUCUGCUCAUCGUCAUUCUGUCCUGGGUCUCCUUCUGGAUCAACAUGGACGCUGCCCCAGCCAGAGUGGCACUGGGCAUCACCACCGUCCUCACAAUGACAACACAGAGUUCAGGCUCCAGGACGUCACUGCCAAAGGUCUCUUAUGUGAAGGCCAUAGACAUCUGGAUGGCAGUGUGUCUUCUCUUUGUCUUCUCUGCGCUGUUGGAGUACGCUGCCGUCAACUUUGUGUCGAGGCAACAUAAAGAGCUGCUGCGAUUUAGGCGGCAUCACAAGAGCAAGAGCAAGAACAGUGGAGGUGCAGUUGAUCCAGAGGAGCUAGCUGCCUCCCUCCGUCGUGUUAAUGUUGACAACGGCCUCAAACCAACAGACCCUCCUUAUGGAUCUAUGAGCAACAUCUACACCAGCAACCACAGGGAAGGGGAAGCACAUGAGAGCAGACUGACCUCCACAGCAGCGGUGACCUCCACUCCCAGCAACAGCAAGGACAUGAAGGCCAGCACCAACAAUACUGUUACUGUAGUGAACACCCCAGGAGCCACAGCAAACACGGCCCAGAAUCCACCUGGAGCAGCGGCAGGUGGAGGGGGUAAAACCACCGAAGAAAUGAGGAAGUUAUUUAUCGACAGAGCCAAAAAGAUUGACACUGUGUCGAGGGCCGGCUUCCCUCUGGCCUUCCUCUUCUUCAAUAUAUUCUACUGGGUUCUUUAUAAGAUACUCCGACAUGAAGAUGUACAUAAGCAAUAGAGAGAGAAGGAGUAUGUGCACACACACACACACACACACACACACACACACACACACAUCACUUCAUUAUCUACCUUUAUUUCCUUUUCCUGUAACCAUGACCUUACCCUGACCUUAAGAAGCAUUCAGGAUGGCCUCACCUCUUCAGAGAUGUCCUGACUCUGAAGGCGUAAAGCUCAUAUCAGUUGUCACAAACAAUGUACAAAAACAGGAUCAAGAAUUAGUAAAUCAAAGAGUGCAAACUCUGCAGUGGCAGAGUGAUGAGAUUAUUUUUCCUCUGUAGAUUUACAGCAGGGUGCUCUCUAAGAGAUACUGACUGUGGGGAAUAUCUGAAUCUCACAACAUCUGAAAGUAGAGUUGAUUAUUUACACAUAUUGACAGUGUCUGAAUUCAGUACUCAUUCAUAAACAUAUUCUGCCAACACGUUUUCACUCCCAACUCGUCACAUACUGAAGCUUGGUCAGUGGCCGUACACAUUGCGUUGAUAUUGCUCGUUACAUGCUCUGUCUUUUCAAAAAUACACCUCUGUUUUCACAGGAAAUGUACAGUUUCUGCUCGAUAAGAAAUGCAUAUAGUCUCUUUCCAAAAUAAACUUGCAGCAUAGGUUCACUUCCUCAGGUUUAGGCAACAUGCCUUCCGGUUUGGCUUUAAAUAAGUACGUUUGUUACCAACAUAACUUAAGCUUUGAAAGCCUUUGUUGACAUUGCAUAGGAAUACAACAGAUUUAGUUGUGACACUCAAGUGAUGGGUUCCAACAAAGAACAUAAAAAUCCAAGAAACAGUGCAUUGAGUGAGGAUAAAAUGUGCAAUAAAUAAAUAAAUAAAAAGUAUUUAAAGUGCAGCAAAGUGCUUAGUGGAUGGCAGAAUGGCGAUAGUAA